CGGCAUGAGCGCGUGCGCGCGCACCGGAGGGUCGCCGGGGGCGGCACGCGCGGCACGCGCGAGCGCCGGUCCAUCGCCUCGGUGCAUCGUCGCCCCAUCGCGAGGGAGACGCGCGGUGCCGGGCGGUCGUCGCGCGUUGCCGGCGCGACGGCGCGCGUCGUCCGCCGAAGAUGCGUCCAUCCCGUCCCUCGCCGAGACCUCCCCGUCAUCCCCAUCCUCGCCCUCGUCGUCGACGCGCGUCCCCGGCGUUCCCGUCCCAUCGUCGCCGUUCUUCUCCCCCGUCACGCGUUCGCUCGACCUCGACGUCGACGCCCCUCACGCCGACCCGAACGCGAGGGUGUGGUACCUCCCAAACUUCCUCGACGCCGAUGCAUUUGCCGCGGUUUCAGCGGGAUGUACGAAGCUCCGCAAACGCAUGAAGAGCGACCACUCGUUUGCCACCGGGCGGCUCUCCGCGGUGGUCCCGCCGACGUCCGAGGCGUACGCCGCGUUCUGUAACGCUCGGGCGUUACGGAAGCUCCGCGACGCGUCCGGCGCGGAGGGACUCGUACUGGGCGACUACCCCGUGGAGGCGCGACUGUACCGGCCCGGGUCCUCCAUGGCGUGGCACCAGGACGUCGUCCUCUACGAGCGUCCCCAGGUGGAGCUCAUAUACACCGUGGUGAACGACAGCGACGGCCGGACGGAGUGGGUGGGGAGCGACGGUUUGGUUCGGGGUUUGGCGCCGCCGGCGAACUCGGCGUUGGUGUUCGAGGCGGGCGCGGCGUGGCACAGGGUGGCCGCUGCGAGCGAGGGGACGAGGACGAUCGUCAAGGCGCUGUACGUGGAGGACUUCGCGAAGACGGAGGCGUUCGCGGAGGUGAUGGAGGAGGCGCCGUGGAGACGGUGAGGGGGCGCGCGGCGGAGGGGAGAGGCGAGUAGCGCCGCCGAGGGCGUCGCGAGCUGACGAGUAAUACAAAGGCAACGUGUUGAGCACC